AUGUCCCCUCCAGAGGACACCACUUCAAACACGACUCGGGCACAGUCUUUAGCCGUUGCUCCAGGGACCGACGACCCCACCCAUUCUUACCUGACCUACCGGUCACCACUCCUCAAUCCCUCGCUGCCUGACAACCAGAUGCCCGAGGACCCACAUUCGACUCACCCCCCCCUCGCUUUCACACCUGACGCUGUUGCGUCACGUUUGUUGUUCCAAGCGAAAGAAACCCUACGAAAACUGGCUUCCAGCGAAGAAUUCUCCAGUCUUGACCUCCCGAAAGGAAGGAAAAGAAACUUAUCCGAAACAUCAACCCACGUCGCUGAAAGAACCGGACAUUCAGUCAUAUCGCAGCAAGCUUCACUCCAGUCCUUUUUCACCCAGUCGACCCCACAAGGGACAGCCCCCCCACAGAACAGGAAUACCCAAAAUCCCAACCCAACCCCACCCGAAGCACAGGAACAGGAAUUUUCCUCAACCUUUGCAACAGAAUCCGACUACAACGACCCCUACCAACCAAGAAUUGACUAUCUCUAUCCGAGCACUGUCCCCCAUACUACCCACACCCAGACCGAUCUGAACUACAUCACCUGGGCCAUUAGACAUGCAACCAGCCAGAUCUGCCCUCCCUCCGACAGAAUUGAAAUCCUCGAAGAGCAAUCGAUUACACUCCGGAGAACGGUGGAAACAUUGAAACAUCAAAUUGAGGCACAGACAAUGAUGAUCACCAAUAUGCACUCGGCGAUCCAUUCCCUCCUUAACAAGCCCCAACCGCAGCAACAACAACAACAGCAACAACAACCACAACAUCCACAACCGCAACCGCAACAAAGACAGAGAACGGCCCCUCCAGCGGCUCCCCAAACAACCCUCCAAGCAGCGCCACAGGCAGCUCCUCAGGUCCCCCCACCCAUACCCCCCCAACCUCGUGGAUGGAAAGCAGGCACCUGGGCCGCCGUGGCCUCGGCAGCCGGUCCUGCCCAAGAAAAAUUCCAGGUUGUCGAAAGAAGAAAGAAGCCUGCAAAGCCAAAAGCGGACCCCCUCUUCAAACCAGAGUAUACCAAAAUCAACAGAGAGAUCAUUGUUGAAACCACUGCCCCAUCCGACGUUAACCCCUCCGAGAUCAGGACCCUGGUCAACGCAAGAAUUCAGGACGAAUCUUGCCACUUCAUCUCAGCAAGGAGAACAGCCAAAGACAACUUCAUCCUGGAAACAAAAUUCGUCACCCCAGCAACAAAGGCAAUGGAAUAUGCCAAAGAAAUUGAGGAGGCCCUCCUCCCCCUACAAUCAAAGUUCCUCCUCCACGGAAUCCCCACAACGAUCGGGGAGGGCAUCGAGGCAGGACAAUUAGUAGCAUCCGAAAUCAGAAGCAACUAUGGAGAGAACUUCCAACUUGCACAGGUUCCCCGCUGGAUCUCCAGAGCAGAGACUCGAAUGGGAAAAACCCACUCAUCAAUGGUCGUCGCACUCCCAGGACAAAUCACAAUGGAAACACUAGGGGUCAAAUUCCUAUCCCUCUUUAACCGAAGCUGCCAUAUCGAGGCCUUCCUCCCAACCUUCCCAGAUACCCAGUGCGCGAAGUGCCUCGAAUAUGGCCACUGCCAGGAGAAAUGCAAGAACAAUGGGAAAUGCGGCCAUUGCGCCGGAGAUCACCUCACCAGCUUCCACCCAUGCAAUGAAUGCCAGGGAGGAUAUAAAUGCACCCACACCCCAAUCAGAUGUCUAAACUGCAAAGGAAUCUAUAAGGCCUCCGACCCAGCAUGCCCCUUCGCCCAAAUAGCAAAAACAAUCCAAACCCUCGACAAUUGCCUAGUAAUGGGAGACUUCAACUGCCACCACCAAAUGUGGUACGGAGUAACCUCACAUGAAUACAGAAACAACAUUCGAGCAGACCGCGCCAACGGAGUCUACACGCACUUCCCUGGAGACAGAGGGAAAAGGCCUACAAUCAUCGACCUUACAUUUGUAAAAGGCCCAAUACUUGACCACAACCUACGAUGGAGCACUGAACCCUACGGAGCGGGCUCAGACCACGGGAGAACCUCUAUCCAUCUACACCUGGAAAAACCACCCUUUGUACCAAGACGAAUUUGGCGACAAACAGACUGGAAGCUAUUGGAAAACCACAUAUCAAACCUUUCCCUCCCUGCAGAAGCAUGGGAAACUAAGGAACACAUGGAACAAACUGUCGAAUUCUUCCUAGAACUGGUCAAGUCAACAAUCAACAUAGUAACGCCACUCUCGAAGGAGGGUGUAAGAGCUAACUCCUGGUGGUCAGACGAAAUGAAACAAAUGAAGGCAAGGGUAAACUCGGCAGAGAGGAAGGCGAGAAAUACAAGGAAACCCAACCACGUGGAGGGGCACCGGAAGGCUUGCAGAGAAUGGACUGUCAUGAUCCGGAAAGCAAAAGCAGACCAGCGGGAAAAGACGAUGAACGAAGCGAAAGGUAGUGAGGUCUGGAGAAUCCUAAAUGUAGGAAGGAGAAGAGACACAAUCAUACCAACUAUACAAGGUGAAGAAUCGUUUGCGGGGAAAUGCCAAGCUCUAAGAGCCCAACUCUUCCCCACAAAAUGGACAUCCCCCGACCACCCCCCCCUAAACAUUAGACCCCCCUCUUUUGACCUUCGCAACACCUUCGAUAUAGUCACCCCUGAAGAACUCAAGAAAGCAAUUGACUACUCCCGGUACACUCGGUGA